AUGGUGCAUCAUCAUGUUUGCCAGAGACUGCUGCUGGCCCUGCUCAUCGUCUUUUGUGCCGGCCAGGUGUGUCGGGCGAGCGAUCAGCCUGCUCGCAUUGUGUGCUACUUCAGCAAUUGGGCCGUGUAUCGUCCGGGCAUUGGGCGUUACGGACUGGAGGAUGUGCCCGCCGAUUUGUGUACACAUCUCGUUUACUCGUUCAUCGGUGUGAACGACGAGGGCUGGGAUGUGUUGGUCAUUGAUCCUGACUUGGAUGUGGAUCAGGAGGGCUUUAAGAAAUUCACGGAACUGCGUCAGACGCACCCCAAGUUGAAGCUACAAAUAGCUGUGGGUGGAUGGGCCGAGGGUGGUUCGAAGUAUUCGAAAAUGUCAGCGGUGCGAGAGCGUCGUCAGAGCUUCAUACGAAGCGUAGUCAACUUCAUGAAGAAGUACGACUUCGAUGGCUUCGAUCUGGAUUGGGAAUAUCCUGGCGCGACGGAUCGUGGUGGCUCCUACGGCGAUAAGGACAAAUUCCUAUACUUUGUGCAGGAGCUGCGGCGUGCCUUUGAUCGUGAGGGACGUGGCUGGGAAAUAACUAUGGCCGUGCCGGUGGCCAAGUUCCGGCUGCAGGAGGGCUAUCAUGUGCCUGAGUUGUGCGAACUACUAGAUGCCAUACACGCAAUGACAUACGAUCUGCGGGGAAACUGGGCCGGCUUCGCCGAUGUGCACAGUCCGUUGUACAAACGCAAACACGAUCAGUACGCCUACGAGAAACUAAAUGUCAAUGACGGCCUGGCGCUGUGGGAGGAGAUGGGCUGCCCGGCCAACAAGCUGGUCGUUGGCGUACCAUUCUACGGCCGCACAUUCACACUGAGCCAGUCCAACAAAAACUAUAAUAUGGGCACAUAUAUCAACAAGGAAGCGGGUGGUGGGGCUCCGGGACCCUAUACCAAUGCCAGUGGAUUCUUGGCCUACUAUGAGAUCUGCACUGAAGUAAUGGACAAAUCGAAAGGCUGGACAGUUGAAUGGGAUGAUGCGGGCAUGGUGCCGUACACCUACAAGGACACACAGUGGGUGGGCUACGAGAACGAGGCAUCGGUGCAGAUCAAAAUGGACUUCAUCAAGGCCAAGGGCUAUGCGGGCGCCAUGACUUGGGCCAUUGAUAUGGACGAUUUUCAUGGACUUUGCGGUCCCAAGAAUGGACUAAUGCAGAUACUCUACGAUAAUAUGAAAAACUAUCGUGUGCCGGAACCGACGCGCGAAACGACGCCAAGACCAGAGUGGGCGAAACCGCCCGCCACACCGCCCAAUCCCGAUGAAGACGCCUUUGUACAGCCAGCGGUGACGACGACGCGUAGGCCGACCAAACCGAAGCCAAAACCUACGUCAGCACCAGUGAGCACAACGCAAGCGCCGGUGCCAACAGCGAGCAGCACCACCAAGAAAUCAACUACAAAGAGACCUAAGAAACCCAAGAAGACUACGACUAGUAAGACUACAACAACAACAAGCACGCCAAUGCCCGAGAAAAUCACAGAAGAGCCAGAGGAAAUUGUAGAUCCCGAGCAGCCCGCCGGUCCUCAAUUCGAUCCAAGCGAAAUAGACUGCACCAAUCGUGACUAUGUGCCUCAUCCCAAUUGCCGAAAGUAUAUCCGUUGUGUGCACGGCAAGCCCGUUGAGUUCGAGUGCAAGGAGGGCACAGCUUUUCAUACCGUUUUGAAUGUCUGCGAUUGGAUCGAGAAUAGCGAUCGUUAUUACUGCACGAAAAACAAGCAGAGACAUAGUGGCAAUGAAGCCCACUAAAUAUUUAAAUUUAUAUUUAUUUAUAGCAACCUAUAUUUAUGACUACAUUUAGAAGAGUACGCAAAUUCUCGAUGUGAGAUGCGUGUUUAAUUUUAUAAGCAAUUCAUAUUAAAAGU